AUGGAAAGAAAUAGUGUACUUUCUCAAGAGAAAUCCAAUUCCUAUGGAAACAAUAAGCUCAAGUUAUUUGGGGUAGAGCUCGAGCCCGAUCACGAUAAAAUGUCAGCGCCAACGGAUGGGGACGAAAGUGUCAACUCGUCUGCAUCCUCCACCGUGACAGAAAAAUCGGGAGCCGAUGACAAGAAGUUCGAGUGCCAAUAUUGUUUCAAGGUGUUUGCUAAUUCCCAAGCUUUAGGGGGUCACCAAAAUGCUCACAAGAAGGAAAGAUUGAGGAAAAAGAGGCUUCAACUUCAAGCAAGAAAGGCUAGCAUGAUCAAUUGCUACAUUCAACCCUUUUACAACACUAGUCAAGUACAUAACUAUAAUACCUCUUUCAAUUGCUAUGGAUCGAAUAAUCCUACGUGGUUUUACGAUCCAUAUUGCAAUAAUCCUCGUGAAUCCUCGGAGGCUCAAAUUAGUUUCGGCUCAGAUCGAGACGCGAACGGGCGUGAUGCGUCGAGAUGGUACGCUGGUGUGAUCGACCAUGUAUCGUUUGGAGAAGAUACGAGCACGUUUAGUUUGACCCAUGCCAAUAGGCCGAUUAACGACAAAAUGAGGGAGCCUAAUAAACCCUACUUGUCUAGUUCAAAGAAAAGUUGUACUAAGCAAAAUAAUUUAGAUCUUAAAUUAGGGUUGAAUUUGCAUUCUACUAUUUAA